AUGUCGGUUGCACCUAUGCAGACCAACGAUUACGACAGUGCGCCUUUGCAGGCGACCGAGGACGAGCCCCAUCUGGACUCCGUAAACGAUGAGGAGCACCCAGCAACGAAGUCAGGCGUGCGCAACUCGCGCGAGGUUCAAAAUGCAAAAUUUGGCAAAGGCGACUGGGUACACAUGUCUGUCAUCGCGAACGGCAGCAGGAGCAAAGGCGUUUUCAAAAUCUAUGCCCUCGUGUACAACCCUGCCGGAUGGGUUGAUUACCAGCUGAUUGAUCCCUACACAAAUCAGCUCCACAAUCGAGGUGCUGCGGUUCGUGAGAGAGACCUGAAAGCUGGGCAAUGA